AGGGAGGAGGGUGAAAAAGGUAAAAAGAAGCAAACCCAUUGAUUUGCUUUGUUUUUGUGUGUUGUGUUAGUUUGUUUGUUUUGGAUGUGAAGGCAUUAAAAGAGAAAUAUCAUUCUGAAUGCUUCUCCCUCCAUAUCAUCAUAUCCUUCUCUUCUGUCACAUUCCAAUGCUGAAACUCGCAACCCCCAUUGGCACCGACCCAGUUCAAUUCCCGAGAAGCGAUUGAAGAAAAAAGCGCAAAGUUAGGAUCUUUGGAUCGAAAGAGAAGGAAGAGGGAAAAUGGGUGCCUACAGAGCGGACGAUGAUUACGACUACUUGUUCAAGGUUGUCUUGAUCGGUGACUCCGGCGUCGGAAAAUCCAAUCUCUUGUCUCGAUUCACCAAAAACGAAUUCAGCUUGGAAUCUAAAUCCACCAUUGGCGUUGAAUUCGCCACUCGCAGCAUCCACGUCGAUGAUAAGAUCGUAAAGGCGCAAAUUUGGGACACUGCAGGCCAAGAGAGAUAUCGUGCAAUCACAAGUGCAUACUAUCGAGGUGCUGUUGGUGCAUUGCUUGUGUAUGAUGUUACCAGACACGUGACAUUUGAAAACGUGGAGAGAUGGUUAAAGGAGCUUCGUGAUCACACAGAUGCCAACAUUGUAAUUAUGUUCGUGGGGAACAAGGCAGACCUCCGCCACCUGAGGGCGGUGUCCACCGACGACGCGAAGGCGUUCGCCGAGAGAGAAAACACAUUUUUCAUGGAAACAUCUGCUCUGGAGUCCUUGAAUGUUGACAAUGCCUUCACAGAAGUGCUCACUCAGAUAUACCGUGUUGUUAGUAGGAAGACUCUUGAGAUUGGAGAUGACCCUGCAGCCCUUCCCAAGGGUCAGACCAUCAAUGUUGGAGGCAAGGAUGAUGUCUCAGCUGUUAAGAAGGCUGGAUGCUGCUCUGCAUAGUUUCACAACGUAUCUAUAGAUGUGCAUGGAUUCAACCAAUUCUCAACAUCUUUUAAUACCUACACUUGCCUUUUUAUGUAACUUUUCCCACAUGCCUUGCCAAGUUUAUUGUUUUCUCAUUUUUUUUUUUCUGUAAUAGGAAUGGUGUCAUGUUGCCCUUAGAUAUACAAAUUUUACUGUUUGUAUUUGAAUGAAAGUGAUAUCUGGUUAUUAGAUUGAUCAUAAGUUACAAUCUCA